AUGAACCUGCUGGUAGUAAUCACGCUUCUUGCCAUCAGCAAUGGUGCAUGGGCAGCAUCGUACACGUGCCAUGGUGACGUCAGACAUCUACAUCCAACUGGAAAACACAAUGGAGGGAACGCUGCGUCCAACCAUGAUGUGGAUUAUGAUUACGCCGAUCUCAACAAUAAGAAAUCAUGUUACAACCAGGCGGGAGCAUCUUACUGUAUUCAGCCCGCGGUCAUAGCCGCCUUGGCCAGCCGCGAGUCACGUGGAGGUCGUCUGCUGACGUCAACAAAUGGAUGGGGUGACCAUCACCAUGCCUACGGUAUACUGCAGUGUGACAUUCGCUACCAUUCCUGCACCUCGCAUGCGUGGGACAGUUGUGCGCAUAUUUCCCAAAUGGUUCGUGAGGUUUUGGUGCCCUACAUUAACCAAGUGGCACACAAGCACCCAACAUGGUCCAAAGAACAACAACUUCAAGGUGGUAUCGCUGCCUACAACUCCGGAGUAGGUAAUGUCCAGACAUGGGCCCAUCUCGACGUUGGAACCACCGGAAAUGACUACAGCAAUGACGUAGUCGCACGUGCUCAGCAUCUUAUCAACAGUCAUCACUGGCAUUGA